AUGGCCAACCCACCUCUCUCCUUCAAAUCUGUCCCCCUCUACGGCGGCGCCAUCACAGCAGAUCUCCCCUCAGACUUCCAAGACGUCAGCACAAUCCGCCAAGUCCCCGACACGCAAGAAGUGCACCUCUCGUCCACAGGCGACACCUCCAUCGUCUUCGACCUGCUCGAACGCGUAGACAAACCCACGGAUGAGGAAGCUGUGAAAUUCCAUUUCGAGGAUAUCUUGGAGGAUGAGAUGGAGGGGGUGAGGGUUUGGGGUGGGGUGGAGGAGGUGCGGGUUCCUGAUCUGCCGGGCGUGAAGGCGUUUACUAUGUUUGCGACGUCCCCUCCCGGCGAGAAACAGCGCGGCCGGGCGCACGAGGCGGAUUUCGUGGGGAUUCUGUUGUUGGUUGUGCGAUUGGAGGGGAAGGGGACGGAUUUGGUGGUGGCGGUGAAUGUGCCGCAUGUAGAAGGGGAGGGAGGGUAUGUGAGGGGAAGUGUGGAUUUGGAAGGGGCGAAGAUGGGGAGGUUGUUGGAGGAGGGGGAGGGGGUGAGGGAGAGGGUGAGGGAGUCGUUGAGGGUGGUGGAUUGGGGGUUGUUUGGGGAGUGA